CAACCCCCACCUUUCUUUCGCUUAAAGAAUUUUUCAGUAAGUUUUGCAUCCAAAAUUUUUGAAAAAGUUACAUCGCAUCCAUCCAUCAUCAAAUCCUCCUCAAUCCGUUGCAAUCCAAUCAAAUUUUAACUAAAGUGACACCGGGCAAUCCAGUGGAACAAACCGUUUCGAACUCCGAGUUAAACUCCUCCCUCCAGAACGACAUUCCUGAAUUCCAAGCAGAUUCAGAUCGUCAAUUCUCAGAUCCCAAUUUACCUUCUGACGAAACCGAACCUCCUGCAUCUUUUGGAAAUAGUCUCAAACGUCCAUUUUCCUUUGUUUCCCCACCAUUCCUCGACAAUUCUCAAUCAUUGAAAAGAAUGUCGAUUCCCAUUCCGGAAUACCUGAGCCAAGUCAACGAGCGUCUCUCCCGGCUCGAAUCAGCUCACGACGAAAUAUUCCAGCUCAAAACAGCCUUAGCAAGAUCUGAAGCAUCUCGACGCGAAUUAGAGAAGCAAGUCUCUACUCUUUUGGCUCUCCAAAAAGAAAAUUCUAAUUCCGCCCCUCCACCUCCAACAAGUCAAAAGCCCCCAAGCUAUGCCAAUGUUGCUGCUGCCCCUCCCAAGACAAAAAAACAGGUAAAAAAGAAGACCCCUUUGCCGUCUGUUCGUCGUGCUACUGCCACCGUUGGUAGGCUCUUUGGUCCUCAAGCCAACAAACCAUCUGAGUACCAAUUCUUGUACUACGGCACCUCUGUUCGCCGUCCGCUGAAAGAACUGAGACGAACCCUUCAAGCUACUGGCGUGAAUGUUUCAAGAAUACUUGAUAUUCAGUACCCUGACUCCCGAGUGAUAUCCUUUUUGUUACACACCGACUUUGUGGUAGAAUUUACAAGUGUUAUGCACAACAAAGGCCGUGGUACCGUACCACUUGAUGACUAUGAUCCUUUGGAUCCAGCCAAGCUCAAAGAUCCCAAAUUUGCCAAUCUCUCUCUGGAAUUACGGUGCCAGAAAGCACAUGAAAUACAAAACCUUCGGUGUUUACGUGCCCUCUCUUUUGUCCGCCGCUCUGCUCGUCUCUCCGUUGCUCGUUCUUUUUUGCAUUACGAAAGAAUCAAUCAAAAACAGUUCGAUGCUAUUUUAGCUGAAGAACUCGAAGCCAGGUCAUCCCUACCAAAGCCCACUCCCAACAAGACGUCCUCUGUUGAAAAGUUAGCUGCCAAAAAUAAGCAACUAAGCUAUUUAGGUUUUCUUCUUCAUCAUGACCACGAAACAGCCAAGUUGUUGUCUGAACCGAACCCUGAAGACUUUGUUAUGCCGGAUAUUGAAUCUGUUUAACUUUUUUAUACCAAAGUUUUCUAAUUGUCUCCUCUUUCUCUUGUUUCUCUCUCCUUUUGGUUUUGCUUCCUUUUCUUUUGUUUCGCGCUCUCCUUUUUAUCUUCUUUUUGUGUUUCUGGUCGGUGUGUUGCGUAUUUUGUAUAGGCUCGAUUAGACUGCGAGGAAUCCUCAGUGCAGAUCCAAUCACUAUCUUCUUAUUCUCCCCCUCCCACCUCUCAUUUCAAUCUCUUUUCUUUGCUGUUAACUUUUUUUAUCUUCUUUAUCUUUACAACCCUCUGGAUUUAUCCAUAAUUUAAAUUAGUUUAGUUUUGUUAGCUUGUUUCUCGGUAAUAAGGCAUUAUAUCUAUGGAUCGCCC